AUGUCGAUCAAUAUGAAUGCGAAUCUUUUCAAACUUCUCACCCAUUUUCGACGCCAAGAUUUGUCAAACUUCAAAACGGAGCAUGAUAUUCUGUAUGAUGAAGCUGUCAAUAGUGGCGAUCAUUUGAAAGUCACCUCACACUAUUAUAGUGUUAUGAGCACCGUUAUCGAUGAAUAUUUUGGAGGGAACUUCCAUUUUGUUCCACCUAGUUAUGAAGGACAACCGCUAGAAGAUGCGUUGAAAACGUUGCAUAGACUUAUUGGAGAAAAACUGGGACUCAAAAGUGGUGUUAAAUGUUUGGAUAUUGGGUGUGGAAUUGGUGGAGUCAUGAUCGAUAUUGCUGAUAUGGGUGCAGAAAUGACGGGUGUCACAAUUGCCCCAAACGAGGCUGAAAUUGGAAAUGAGAAAUUCGCAGAGCUCGGAAUUGCUGAUCGUUGUCGAAUUGUUGCUGGAGAUUGUCAUGACCUUCCAUUCGAUGAUAAUUCGUUUGAUGUUGCUUAUGCAAUUUAUUCGCUUAAAUACAUUCCAAAGCUUGAGCACGUUAUGAAAGAGAUUGCUCGAGUUUUGAAACCGGGAGGAAAAUUGAUAGUGUAUGACCUCAUCAAGACAAACAAAUAUGAUGGAAACAAUCCGGAUCACAAAAAGACGCUUCAUAUGCUCGAAUACGCUUGCGGAAUGCCCGAAUUGCAUACGCAAAACGAGGUUGAAACUGCAGCAGAAUCAGCAAAAAUGACGAAAAAAGAUCAAGAAAAUCUCGAAGAAACAUUCGAUAAUCGACCAUUUCAUUAUUGUUUCUCGUCAAAUUCAUUGUUCAUGUGGCUCAUUUCGACACCCGUAUUAGAUCGACUCAUCAAAAUCGCAGAAGCUCUUCGUAUUCUUCCGAAAGGAUUCGAAGUCUUCAAUCGGACAUUCUUGUGUGGAACAGUUCAAAGUAUUGUCGAUGGAGGAAAGAAAGGGAUCCUCUCCGGUGCAGAUAUCCUUCUAUUCGAAAAACAUUAA